AUGGGAAUUAUGUUAGGAAGUUAAAAAAGUUAAUAAUUCAGUGUAAUAGUUCUGUGCUUACUAAAAUAAAAUUAAUACGAAACUUUAGGAUUUAAUUAUAGCCUACUCAACAAGAAAUUAAAUAUAUUUCCCACUUUUAUAAAAAACCCCUUUAGAAUUUUUGUUAAUGACUUAGAUGUUUUUCAAACCUCAUAAGAAUUUUCAGAAUUUGUCUAAUGUGUAAACUUGGAAAGCUAUUUAAAAACAAUAGUUAUUUUUAUUGAUGUAAGUUUUCAAUAAAAAUUUAUUAACAAUUAUUACAACAUAAUAUCGAGUGAAAAUUAUAAUCAAAUUUCAAAAAUAGUUAUAUUUGAUGAAAAAAUAAAUGCUUCUUAACAAGAUUACUCAUAUAUCUAAAAAUAUUAUAAGAAUAUCUCAAUUUUCACUAAUAAAUAGUAAUGUUUUUAGAAGAUUUUAGAAAAUUGUUAGGAUUAAUCAUUUUGUCUUAAUAAUUAACUAAAUCAUAAAAGUACAAAAGUUGAUGAAUAAAUUAUUUAAAAUAUUACAAAUAUAAUUGAAAAUGAGAUUUCAAAAUUAAAUACUAAUUAAUACCAAAGUGCGAUAUAAUUUGAACAAUUAUACUAGUAUUUAACUGAUAUGAGAAAUUAUAUUAUUUAAAUAUAAUAUACAUCUAUUCCUCAAAACUAAAGAAAUUAAUAUAUUUUAUAACUAAAAUUUAAUUAUAAGAUUAUGGAACAAAUUAGCCGAUUUAUAAAUUGUGUUUUUGAUUAAAUAAAUUAGUUGAUAAUGAACUUUUAAAAAGAUUUUUAUUUUUGUCAUACUUGUAGGGUGUAUGUGUAUAAAUCUAAAAAUAAUUAUACAAGUAGCAUAUUUUUUAAUAGUUUUUUCAAAAACUAAUUUUGUUAAAAUUGGAAUUUUGAAUAGGCCUCUUUUAAUAAUUUAAUAAUUCAUUAUAAAUCUUAGAGAACAUGUUUUUAGAUUGAACAUUGUUUAUAAUAUCUAAACUAAAAUCAAAUGGUCUAAUCAGUUAAUGAUUAUAGUCAAUCAAAUGUAGUAAAUAAUUAAAAUCAUCAUAUUAUAUUAAUAGGAAAAACUGGAGUUGGUAAAACAACAAUAUUCAAUUUUUUAUGUGAUGGAAAAGCUUCCAGAUUUAAUGAAUCAACCUAGGAACCUAUGGUGAAAAAGUGUUUAAAUAGCAAUUUAACAAUAAUGGACACACCUCCAUUUGAAUUAGAAAAAAAUGAUUUAAUAGAGGAUGGUGAAAAAAUAAAAUAAAAAUUCUCAAAUAUUCUAACAUAAUAAUAAGUAUCAUAAAUCUUUAUAAUUGUUAAAUAUGAAAGAUUGUCAGCAAUGAAGUAAAACAUGGUAGCUUGUCUUAAAUUUUUAGAAUCUUUUAGAGAUAAAAUAUCUAUAAUUAUUUUUAAUGAUAGUGAUAAUAUUGUAUAGGAAUAAUAGAAUUAUUUAGAAAAAACAUUUGAGACUAAUAGAAUUUUGAUAUUUAAUAAUAGAUUUGCUUAAGGUAACCUAAAAGAAGAUAUAGAAAAACACUUAUAUAACUUAAGAGCAAAAUUAGAAUAUUUAAAGAUAGAAAAUACAGAAUUUGAUAUAGAUAAAAGUAAGAAUGAAUAAAAUGCUAUGAUAAAAAAAUUAGAAAAAAUGAAGAUGUAAAACAAAGAAGUUGAUAUUCAAGAAUUAAAUGAAGAAAAUUAAUCCAAUUCCUUAAAAAUUGAAUUGCUCAACACAGAAUAAUCAGAAUAAGUCAAAAAAUAAAAUUUGAAUUCAUAAAAAAAUUUAGACUACUGCAUUAUUAUUGCAAAAGAAUAAAAUAAUACAUGCUCAUUAGUCAAGUCUGAUUGA